CUUCAAUACUUUUACAAACUUCUCCCUUUUUUUUUAAAGAAAAAAAAACAAUAACAUUAUGACGGCGACCGAAACAAAGAAGGUUGACAUGAAUGAGUUCCUUUCCCAUCGUCCUGAAGUUCAGGAUUUGGUCGAGAAGAACAUUUUGAAAGACCCCAAAAUCGCUCCUGAUGUUCAGCAACAGCGUGUCGAAUUGUCAAAGAAACAGAUCGAAGACGCCCUUCGUCACAAAAUUGAAAACGGACGUACACCAGAAGUUCUUGUAGAGCACAACAUUUUGAAGAACACUCACGUGUCCCCCCUGCUUCAGCAGUCACAGCUUAAGCUUGAGAAGCACCAGUUGCAUGAUAAGUUGGAACACAAGCUCGAGAAAAGACCCGUGCCUGAAGAUUUGGUCAAGCAGGGCAUUCUGUCAGCUGAUGAAGUCCCUCGCUAAGGAAAAAUAAGAAAACACGCACCUUUAGCAGUGAUUUUUUUUUCUGAAUAUUCUUCUUCACAAACAUAUCAAUAUAUUCGAAUAUUUUCUUUUAAAUAUACACACAAUAAAU